AUGAGCGAACAACAACAGCAGUCAGAGUUUGAUGAAGAGACCCGAAAGUGUAUUGAGAUUUCAAAGAAAAAGUUGGAACCGUUGGUUUCAAAAAUUCCUCUUCAGGACAAACACUUGGCAAGACCUCCGGUUGCCUUUAUUAAAGCUCUUGUUCUUUGUCUGAUCAAGGAACGAGGGUAUCCCGAUGGAUUGUUUGAUGAGGAAUUUCUUAAAGCCAAGAAGGACUUAACGAACGAAGAAAAAACGCUAUUCUUAAAGCAAUUAAUCAAUGUAAUUGUCCACACUGUUAAGAAAAAUGUUCCUGUAAAUAUACAACUCAUGAUUAAGGGCAAAGAAACGCCAAAGAAUAUUUCUGUGUUUUUCCAAGCGCUGGCUGAAGCAGCUGGAAAUAAGGAAAAAUAUCAAUACAAGGAGGCCAUUGAAAAAAUCAAAUCUGGAAAGUAUAAGGAUUUUACUGAGGCCUCGGAUGACAAGAAAAAAAAGGAGGCUGCUGGUCAGCAACAAAACACAAGCACACCACCCUCAAGUACACAAUCAGAUUCUUCGGGAGCCGCCACCACAAACAAACAACCACAAAAAUCCACCACAUCGUCACAACAACCUCAACAACCUCCCCCACAGCAACAGCAACCAAAGCAACCUUCUCCAUCAAACACCCCAACCAAUGUAGAAUCAAAACCUCAACAGCAACAGGGAUCAUCGAACUCUCCAUCCUUGAAUCAAGAUCAAGGACGACCAUCGUCGAGAGGUGUCUCUGCAUCUCAAAACGUAACGAACAAGCCACCCACUCCAUCGAAAGAAGAGCGAUCGACGACCCCUAAUUCCAUUGAGCAAAAAGCCAGCAUCAGCCGACCAAACUCUGGCAGGGAGAUUUCAAAACCUUCCACUCCAAACACAACUGCUCAAGAGGAUCAGCAACAGCCUCUUAACAAUCAAGAAGAUCCUAAUUUGGCACAAUAUUCUAGGCCUUUCUCAUCUCGAGGUCAAUCAGCGAGAAGAGCGCCUCCAAAAAUUAAAACCAAUGUUCGAACCAUUGAUACACAAGAAAUGCCUACAGAAAAAACUCAAGUGGAAACAAAAGCGGCGGAAGGUUUGAUUACAGACGAUACUGAAGACAAGGAAGAAGAACAAAUAAUUAUUGAGAAGAAUGUAGCUGUUCGAUCCGCCCCUCAAAACAACACUAAUGCAGAACAAAAAGGAACUCUAGUUAACAGGCUAAUGGAAAACGAAAGUGACAUUGAAAAGAAGCGAAAUGCAGGAAAAACGCCAAAUGCCAAACCCUCGUCUGAGGAACCAGUGAAGGGAAUUGUUCUUCAAACAGGUAAAAAAGAAAAAGAUAAGGAAGUAUUAACUACUGAACUCUCAACUCUAAGGGAACAAAUUCAAACUCUAAUUUCUAAAGUGAAUCCACUUGGUAAAACCAUGGAUUACAUCCAAGAAGAUCUUGACAGCAUGCAACGAGAACAUGACAUGUGGAGGAAGGAUGUAGAACUCCAACGACAACGGCUGAUCGAAGAGAGGAUGAAAACUGAGCAAGAAGUGUCCUCCGUGCAAGCACAACUAAAAGAAUUGGAACAAAAUAUUGUGGACAAGUUGGAGAAAAUUAAUUCUUUGAAGAGUACGAUUUUACAAAAUGACAAGCUGUUGGAAACAUUAUUAAGGAACGUUGUGGCAUGA